AUGAAAAUUACUGUAUCGUUGAAAGGUUUUCUGUUCAUUGUAUCAAUAAUUUUAACUAUAUUUGUCUCACCAACAUCAUGUCUAAGUUGUCCACCUGGCCCAACAGCAGUUGGUAUGUGUGGAUGUUGUAAUCGCGAUGCGAAAAAAAAUGAAACUUGCCAUACAGGCGAUGCUAAUUUUAUGGUAAUGAAUCCUGGAUUUGGUAUUUGUGUACCACAAGCAGAUCUUAGUUUCCUUCCAUCAUAUUAUUUGUGUGAACGUCGACAAAAUUAUGACGGUCAACAUUACUGUCUAGUCAGUGCUAACAAUCGUAAUUACAUAUAUCCAAUGUAUCAAUUUUGUUCAACGAAGUGUAUUGAUGUAAUCAAUUUUCCUUUAGAUCCGUAUAAGAUAUUGAACGAAAGUAAAAAACUCAAGACAACUGCAAAUCUUUUGAGUCCGCUGAAACGUAUACAAAUAAAAGCUGGUGGCUCAGCUGAAAAAUUAAAAUUAUCACAAGUAUAUGAUGAUGUUGUUGGAUUGAUUGUCAAAUGUGUCCCUGUAGCUGGUGAUUCUAAACCGUCAGCUAAUACUAAUUUCCAUUUGAUGCAAUCCAACAAUACUACAAUAGCUACUUUUAAUGGUAUAUUUAAAACACCAAUGAAAACUAUGAGUUGGACGACGUCAAAACCAAUUCAAGUAAAUCAGAUUAAUAUCGAUACAUUGUCGAACAGUAUCACUUGUACAAAUAUACAAUUACAAUAUCUCACCGCUGCUCAACCGAAACUGAAACCACCGGCUUUCAAAAAUCCAAAACUUCAAAAGUCUUCAAAAGAUUCCAAAAAACUUCAAAAAGCUUCUAAGACUUUAUAA